GCUCGCGCAGUCCUCGUUCGCGUCCGGCGGGGCGGGCGUCGAGCUCCGUGAGGCGGCGACGCCGCCGCCGCCGCUUCGUGAGGUGAACCGGAGCGCUCGAGUUCCGUAUCGAAGAUGACCGUUCUUCGUUUUUAAAAGGGAAUAAGGCGAAUUAUUAUUAUUUUUGAAGAGGAGAGAAAAGAAAAGGGGAAGGAAGGAAGGAAAGGGAGAGGCUCGAGCCGGGAUCGAGCAGGUCGGGCCUGACGGCGGCGGCAGCGGCGGCGGCGGCGGCCGAGGGAAGCGCGGAUGGGGGCGGCCGUGGCCGGCGGCUGAUCCCGCCUCCCGCCCUGCGUGUGGGGUCGGUCUGAGGGGAGCGAUGUCGAACGCGGGCACCCGGAGGGCCGGCUCCAGCAUCAAAGUCCGCCUCACAGUGCUUUGUGCCAAGAAUCUUGCAAAGAAAGAUUUCUUCAGGCUUCCUGAUCCCUUUGCAAAGAUUGUGGUGGAUGGGUCUGGUCAGUGUCAUUCCACCGACACUGUGAAGAACACCUUAGAUCCCAAAUGGAACCAGCAUUAUGAUUUAUAUGUUGGGAAAUCAGAUUCUAUCACCAUCAGUGUCUGGAACCAUAAGAAAAUUCACAAAAAACAGGGAGCUGGCUUCCUGGGAUGCAUCCGACUUCUUUCUAAUGCCAUCAGCAGACUAAAAGAUACGGGAUACCAGCGUUUGGAUCUAUGCAAACUAAAUCCCACAGACACUGAUGCAGUCCGAGGCCAGAUAGUUGUCAGCCUGCAGACCCGAGAUAGGAUAGGCACAGGAGGGUCUGUGGUAGACUGCAGGGGGCUCUUGGAGAAUGAAGGAACGGUUUAUGAAGACUCGGGACCUGGGAGGCCCCUGAGCUGUUACAUGGAAGAGCCAGCCCCAUAUACGGACAGCACAGGAGCUGCCGGUGGAGGGAAUUGUCGGUUCGUGGAAACCCCUGGCCAGGAUCAGAACCUGCAGGUCCAGCGAUUGCGGGGCCCUGAUGUAAGAAGCCAUGUCCAGACCCCCCAAAAUAGGCCCCACGGCCAUCAGUCGCCAUCACCGGAUCUGCCUGAAGGCUAUGAGCAAAGGACAACAGUACAGGGACAAGUUUACUUUUUGCAUACACAAACUGGGGUUAGCACCUGGCACGAUCCCAGGAUACCAAGAGACCUUAACAGUGUGAAUUGUGAUGAACUUGGACCUCUACCUCCAGGCUGGGAGGUUAGAAGUACAGUAUCAGGAAGAAUAUAUUUUGUAGAUCAUAAUAACAGAACCACCCAGUUCACAGACCCAAGACUGCAUCACAUAAUGAAUCACCAAUGCCAACUAAAAGAAUCCAACCAGCCUUUGCAAGCACCAAACGAGGGCUCGUUGGAAGACAGCGAGGAGCUGCCUGCUCAGAGAUACGAACGAGACUUGGUGCAGAAGCUCAAGUUCCUCCGGCACGAACUCUCCCUCCAGCAGCCCCAGGCUGGCCACUGCCGCAUCGAAGUGUCGAGGGAAGAAAUAUUCGAGGAAUCUUACCGUCAGAUAAUGAAGAUGAGGCCGAAAGAUCUGAAGAAAAGGCUGAUGGUGAAAUUUCGGGGAGAGGAAGGCUUAGAUUAUGGUGGAGUGGCAAGGGAAUGGCUGUACCUUCUAUGCCACGAAAUGCUGAAUCCGUAUUACGGGCUUUUCCAGUAUUCGACUGAUAACAUUUACACGCUGCAAAUAAAUCCUGAUUCCUCCAUCAACCCUGAUCAUCUCUCUUAUUUCCACUUUGUCGGUCGGAUAAUGGGUCUGGCAGUGUUCCACGGGCAUUACAUCAACGGGGGUUUCACGGUCCCUUUCUACAAACAGCUGCUGGGCAAACCCAUCCAGUUGUCUGAUUUGGAAUCGGUGGAUCCAGAGCUACAUAAGAGCUUAGUCUGGAUUUUAGAGAACGACAUCACUCCAGUUCUGGACCACACCUUCUGCGUGGAACACAAUGCUUUUGGCAGAAUUCUGCAGCACGAACUCAAACCGAACGGGAGAAAUGUUUCCGUGACGGAGGAGAACAAGAAAGAAUAUGUCAGGCUGUAUGUAAACUGGCGGUUCAUGAGAGGAAUUGAAGCCCAAUUCCUGGCCCUUCAAAAAGGUUUUAAUGAACUUAUUCCUCAACACCUCCUGAAGCCUUUUGACCAUAAGGAACUUGAGCUCAUCAUUGGUGGCCUCGAUAAGAUUGAUCUGAACGAUUGGAAAUCCAACACUCGCCUGAAGCACUGCAUGGCUGACAGCAACAUCGUCAAGUGGUUCUGGCAAGCGGUGGAGGCCUUCGACGAGGAAAGGAGAGCACGGCUGCUCCAGUUUGUGACAGGCUCCACGCGGGUCCCCCUUCAGGGUUUCAAAGCUUUGCAAGGUUCUACAGGCGCGGCAGGACCCAGGCUGUUCACCAUCCACUUGAUAGAUGCCAACACAGACAACCUCCCAAAAGCUCAUACUUGCUUUAACCGAAUUGACAUUCCGCCUUACGAGUCCUAUGAGAAGCUUUAUGAAAAGCUAGUGACCGCUGUGGAAGAGACCUGUGGCUUUGCGGUGGAGUGACCAGGCAACCAAAGGAAACCCAUAUUGCUAAAGCUCAUGGACCACCAAAAUCAAAAAGCUGUAAGGAGAAGCUUGCUGUGAACUUCUGUUCUUUUUUUUUGUCCAAAGUGUUGGGAUUUGCUUGACAACUUAGGGGUGCAAAGGCUGUUUUUCCCCUUCCUUCGACGGCGUCGGCGAAGAGGGAGGCUUUUUAUUUUUGGAGGUUCCCAAACAUACUUUCUCCCUCUUGUGACAAUAAACCCUCCCUUUUCUUUUCUUCAUUUCCCAGGAAAACAGCAACAACAAAACCAUACACACGCACAAACACACACACACACAAAACCAGGCAGCCAGGUUCAACGUUUUGGUUUUGGUUACCCGCGAUAAUUCUGCUAGAUUUGUAACACAUAUUGUGAUAAGGGUCUACGACCUGUGGUCUUUUUUUAUAGGAGAUUCAAACUGUAGUUGAGUAUCUUUGCCAUUGGUUUGCCGAGGAGUUUGGUCGGUAGGUGUCUGUGGAUGUUUGUCUUCGACGCAGCCCUGAACCCUUGUAGAAUCCAGAAGCUCUGGAGAUUUAAAAGGAAAAAAAGAAAGAUUGGCACUGGAAUUCCUACUGGCACAUUUCAAGGAGACCCCAUUUAAGGAACACCUAGCGGAGCGCGCAGCUCCGUAAGCAUAGGAAAACUGGGGGUUACUAUUCCUUGUCAGGAAGCUCUUUUGGUCUUCUGUGAAUGAGAUGACUUGGCUCGUAAGAGGAACAAUUCAGGAGAAUCAAGCCAUCUUGAAUGAUGUGAGUUUCUCUUCUCCUUUUGCGGGGACAUUUUGCAUUGGAGAUAGAUUCAUUCUUUGGAAUAAUUGUCCGUUUUUCUUUUCAUCAUCCCUGGCCUCUGCUAAAGGGAAAGCAGGGCACGGCUCAGAUUCUCAAGAGAAACCACAUAUCCCUCCUUUUUAUUUCCCUCUCUCUGUUUUCUGAAAUGCUUUCAUUGUGAUGUGAAACGGCCGAAAUUCUUUCCACAGGAAAUAGCUUACAGCAAAGAUAAACGGAAUCCAGUUCCAUUUCUGAAACCGUCUGGAAUAUAGAACGGCUCUCGUGAAAAGAGCUCUAAUGCAAGCCUCAGCCUAUAGAGACUGAGUCACCCAAACCACUGUUUCCAGCUUCUGUCUUUUUUUCUUUUCAUUUCCCCCAGUCCCGCAACACAAUUUAGCCAAUUUUCCCAGUUGAUACCAAUUUGUUUGCCCUCCAGGCGACUUCCAGGGCAAGGAAGAACCCGAAUGGUAAGAAUUCCCUCUGUCCAAAUGCUUCUUUUUAAUUUGCACAAAUGAAGAAGGCCGGUAAUUGUUAACAAGAUAACACUUUUCGGGGUCAGAAAUUCCACUAAUCAUCAAGUGUAACCUUGACACUUUGUGAGAGUUUUCCUUCCUCCUCCUUUUGCAAAGAAGCAUAUUAACAAGGUGUCGAACUUCAUACGUGGGUCAUGUUGAUGUGGGCUUGUUUCUGUUUGUUUCUGUCUGUCAACGAGGAUAUUUCUAUCGUCACUUAUACAACCAGUUGAGAAUAGCUUUAAACUGUGAUAGGACAAACCAAAAUUAGCGAACUUGUCCAGCUCCCCGGAUUGUUUUUCUUCCUGUUUAUUCAGUUGACUGUAACCCUUGGCGACGGAAAACUUAAGGAUUCCAUGUGAGAAGGCAAAUCUACCUUUGUGAUAUUUGCACCGUGUGGUGAAACGAUUGGGUUUUGUGGUUGACUUAACAACUGACCCGCAAUGUCCUUCCGGGAUUCAUUUGCACUUAAAGAGGCCACUGAAAUGCAUUGCGGAUAAUCUGGGAGGGGAUCAGGUCAUGGGGCCUUUUUCAGAUCUUGGAAGGACCUUAACAAACUUCUGGACAAUAGAAAUCUACCACCAUCGCUGCUUUUCCAAGGGCUCUUGAAGAUUAUACUGUAUAUUUUGUGGGGAUCUUGAUCGACCCUACCACUGGAAUUUUAAGCCUCUAAAGAAUCAUAAAGGUGUGAAUUCUGCUCCCACUAAAAUUAUUUGCACAGUCUGUUUCCCAGUUAUUGAACAGCGUUUUAAGUGUGGUAAGCAAUUCUCCUCGAGCCACGCAUUAAAAUAGGCUGGCCACAGAGAUACUUCCGUGGCAUUUAUAGGCUGAAUUCUUGCAUCGUUCUUGUCUCAUAUCGUGGCUCUUCAGCCACGUCCAAAAUCGAGGACCCACAAACAGGUCAAGCAACUUGAAAUGCAAAAGGCAGCCUGUGGCAGACUGCAUAGAGCAUCGAAGGUAGCUUUGGGGCAGGGGCCUUCCACCUGGGCUGCUUUUAAGACGUGUGGUCUUCCCCUCCCAGAAUUGGCUGAGGAAUUGUGGGAGUGGGAGUCCACCCGUCUUCAAAGUGGCCAAGGUUGGAGACCGGCUGCCCUGGAAAGGUGGCAGGGUGCAGAACGGGUUCUCUCUGAAGGUAACUGGGCUGAGGAAGAAAGCUCUCUUAAUUUUGCUCACCUCCUCCAGUUGCCUUCUACCGUUCACCAGCUAAGAAAGUGCAGCUGGUCUGUCUGUUGAGGUCUUCAGGCAGGAUCAGAAAGCAAGCUAGGUGUGACUAGGGGAGGAGCAAGGGGCUUGGAGGGCCUUUGGCUUGUGCCCCAGGUGAGCAUGUCACCUAGCCUCCCCCAUCAAAGAAACUAAAAACAAACAAACAAACAAUGGGCAGGUGAGAAUUUUCUGAACCUCAGCUAGGCUGAAAGCUUUGGGACAGCUCAAGGAUUAGGACAGAAUCCACCAACACGAAGGCUGAGUUGCUCUCCUCCAUCACGAGCAUCAACUGGAGCAGGUCUGCAGAAGUCCUUGAAAACCAUGAGUAAAGCUUACGUAAGGGUGGAGCAUGAAACGCCUGCCCGCAGUCUUCCCUCUGUUAAGCAUUUGCAGCAUUUCUGCGAGGAGAUAGGAACCUGGCGUUUAGCUGCGAUGCCACUUCAGCGGGAAAGGCAAAGGUCCAAUUUCUCGUCGGAUUCUCUCAUCCGGAGCCUCUUGAAGUGACCUUCAGCAUCCCGGUAGCCAGAGAUAAGCUGCGCCUGGUCCAGCGAUGCAAAUCUCCCUCCCACCCCUCUGUAGUUUUGGUUUGUUUGUUUACUUGCCCCCAAAUGCCUCAUCUGCCUUGAUGCGCUCCCAGGGAUGCAGGAAAUCAGCACUUGCUCAGUGUUAGGAAUUGGAAAGACGGGACUCGCUCCCACUCAAAAUUGGACCAAUUUUCUGUUUGUUUAAAGCAGAGAUGUCCAACCUCGGCAACGUCGAAGACCCGUGAACUUCAACUCCCAGAAUUCCCCAGUCAGCCAUGCAUGGAACUGGAAUUCUGGAAGUUGAAGUCCACAGGUCUUCGAAGUUGCCAGGGUUGGACGCCGCUGCUUUAAAGGGAUUGCUUGCUUUAACAUGAGUUCUCAGGCCUCAG